AGGGAGUCUCGCGAUAGAUCGCGCGGCGGCGCGCAACGCGAUGCAAACGACAAGGAGAUCGGCCGGUGAAAGUGCCAAGGUUGGAAUUCCGUUGAAAAGGCUACGAUUUCCUCGCUCCCGUUUCUUGGAGGACUGUCGCGGAUUCACGGCGCUUCGCUGCGAUGCACUCGACGGAUCCUCCGCGUCUUUUUAAGGAAGUCAAGGAUUUCCUGCAUUCCGGAGCUCCGUAAGGAGCUCGAACUCAGCCCUAGGAUGGACAGGAGUUGAUCUGCAGUGGUUCGUCAGCUCAUUGGGAAAUCUCUGGUACUAUUUCGACGAAGGCUUGCUGGAUGGUAAAAUGUUUGACAUGGACAUUCGAUACUCGAAGAUGGUGGAAGAAGAGGGAACCGAGUGGUUGCAAGAGCUCCUGCAUGAUGUGCAGCUCUCACAGUUCUUUACUCGAAUACGCGAUGAUUUACAAGUCACAAGGUUACAUCACUUCGACUAUGUGCAGUCCGAAGAUCUUGAGAAGAUUGGAUUGGGAAAGCCGGGUAUCAGGCGACUCAUGGAUGCAGUCAAGAAAAAGAGAGCCGCCCAACGAAAGAAGAGCCUGAUCACUCGGAUCAGGCCCGGUAGCAGUACAAAGAACGUUAAAAGAUCCUCGCAGCCCAUUGAGACGUCUUCCGUGCUAACUUGUUUAAUUCAAGAUAAAGAUGUUACCCUUUCCGUUAAAUUGGGAGAUGGUAGUUUCGGCGUCGUAAAACGCGGAGAAUGGACAUCUCCUUCCGGCAGAGUUUUACCCGUAGCGGUAAAAGUUUUAAAGGCUGAUGCUCUGACUCAGCCAAGCGUUAUAGAAGAUUUUGUUGCCGAGGUACAGGCAAUGCAUACCUUAGACCAUCAUAAUCUUAUCAGAUUAUAUGGUGUCGUGUUGGCACAACCGAUGAUGAUGGUGACCGAACUAGCUCCAUUGGGGGCUCUUUUAGAUUAUCUCCGGAAACAGUGUGGCCACAUCUCCGUUCUCACUCUCUGCAACUAUGCAUUGCAAGUAGCUACGGGGAUGGCUUACUUGGAGGCAAAGCGUUUCCUUCACCGAGAUCUGGCUUGCAGGAACGUUCUUCUGAGUUCCGUAGACAAAAUCAAGAUUGGGGAUUUUGGGCUGAUGAGAGCUCUACCCCAUCAGGAAGACUGUUACGUUAUGACUGAACACAAGAAGGUACCCUUCCCUUGGUGCGCCCCGGAGUCCUUGAAGGCUCGACAGUUUAGUCAUGCUUCCGAUGUCUGGAUGUUCGGAGUGACUCUGUGGGAGAUGCUGACAUUUGGAGAGGAGCCUUGGGUCGGACUCAAUGGUUCAGAGAUUCUGCGAAAAAUCGACAGGGAAGGAGAGAGAUUGUACGAACCUGAAGCCAGUCCUCCUCCGAUGUACCAGUUGAUGCUGCGGUGCUGGUCCAGAGAUCCCCUCGAGAGACCCACCUUCGCCUGUCUGAAGGAUUCUCUCACCGGAGCAGUGCCUUCGGUGAUGAAGGCUCUGAAUCGUUUCGAAGAGCCAGACAAAAUGGCAAUCGAGCAGGGUGAUCAAAUAGUCAUUAUCGACGGUCGACCAGAGAAUUACUGGUGGAAGGGCCAAAACCAGCGAACCUUCCAAGUAUCUCUGUUCCCCCGAUGCCUGGUGGAUCCGAUGAGAAGGAAGCAACCUGAAGACAUCAGCAAGCCCCUGGAGAACUCGUUCAUCCACACAGGACACGGUGCUCCCUUCGGAAAGAGCUGGGGCAGUCCGAUCUACAUAGACGACGUGUACUUGCGAAACCCAAUGGAACCACCCGACGUGGUUGGGGUAGGUCCAGCUACGGAACUGCAGAAGAAGAAGUUCCAGUACGGUACUCCAAGGUCCAGGAAGCAAUUCAACUACACCAAGUUGCAGAACGACCUCAGAGGAAGUCCCGUUAAGACACCGAAUGCAGCUCCUUCAGGAGCCGAAGGAAGUCUGAUAGAUCUGUCUCCAGAGGAGUUGGCCUCUGCAGCGACUGCAGCCAGUCAGGCAGACACAGCCUGUCGGAGAGUGGUCAACAUCCUGGACGAGCCCAUCGACGCGCUGGAGGCGACUCCCCAGGACGAGUGGCAGGAGAACGACCCAAGGACGUACGCCAACCUCCCAGGACACGACCCCUCGCAGCCGGACCCCUUCGACACGUCUCGCGUUUUCGCGAAUACUCCACACUCCAGGUAUUACAGCCACGUGACGCCCGACCUGUCGAGCAGGUACUACAAGACGCAGACAUACGGCAACGUCCAGGGCGAGGAACCUCCGAAAGAGCCGCAGGCAGAGGCCGACCGGUACUCGGUGAACCUGCAGAAGGACAUCGGGAGCGAGAACGCGAACUUGAACGUCGAGGCAGGGGACGUGGGCGGCAAUGAGGACCAUUAUAGCGAGAUAGACAAGGUGAGCCCGACGCCCUCGACCUGGCCCGACGACGUGCCGAGCGAAGCUCAGACCUACGCCAACGUGUCCCGAGGACUCCCAUUGGUCCCAGGACCGCCGCCUCCGGUUCCAUUGGUGGGUCCGAAUGAGAGCCCUCCGAAGCCCAAGUCGAACCACGACCUAGCGCAGAGUCUCGGCGAGCUGCACGUGGACACCGGGCCCCAGGCCUCGCCGAAGAGACUCGACCCCGCAUUCCUGGCCGAGCUGGAGAAGCACCUGGGAGAGAAAGAGGCGAACAAGAAUACGAAUGCCAGCCAGACGCAGCCCGGACCAUCGGGGAGCACCCAGUACGCUGCGGUGAACAAACUCCAGGAAAGCUGCGCCAUACCCAUACUGAGACCGCCGCCUCAGUCGGCGAAGCCAAAGUCUCCUCUAGCUGACCAACGCGGCACAUGCGGUCUGCCCAGCAAGGUGCAGAACUCCUGGCGGCCGAAGAGCACCAACGUCCAGAGGCCCCAGUCGAGGACCUCUCAGCAGAUGGUGGAGACCGCGACCGACGCCAUCGUCGGCCAGAUCUGGCAGCAGACCCACGGCCAGGUGCCCUCCCAGCAGAGCGUCUUCCAGAACCCGGCUCAGGGACCUGGCGCACUGCAGUGUGCCGGCUCGAACCUACUCAGGAUAGCCCCUAGCAACCUGCAGGCCCCCAGCAAUCUGGUGCCUCAGCCUGUCCCAGCCAGUACUCCUUACGUCUCCUCCGGGAGUCAGAACGGGUUCCAACGAGCCAGUUUCACCCUUCCAAGCCUGGGACAGGGUGCCAACGCGAACUUGACUCAAGUACAAAACGACCUGCAGCACUCGCAGGGGAGCAUUCGAGGUCUGCAGCGACCCAACUCGGUUCCAGGAUCCACGCUCUCGGAGCAGGUGUACGCGGAGCUCAGGCAGACCGUGCCCAACUUGGAACAACUGUCCCAGAGCGAGUUCAACACCUUGUAUAACAAGACCGUGCAGCAGAACAUCCUGAGGAACUAUCACGCGGUGGGUCCCUCGAUGGGUGGAGGUGCCAGCUCGCACCUCGUUCAGGGUCUCCAGACUCAGCGCGGGUCGCAGACCCUACCGAGGACACAUCCUCUUCAGGAUCACCCCUGCGACUUCAGUCCCAGCUUGAAGCAGCCCCCGGUGUAUAAUCCUCCACCGGCUUGGAGUCCUCUCAAGCCCACGCAGAAUGGCCUGGGGAAGGCGAACGCUCCUGCAGGAGCUACUCCAUCUGGGGCUCAGGGUCUGACGCUGUUCCCGGCGACGAGGCCCCAGACCUCGGUUCGGGGGAUGCUCCCUCAGACCGGCGAGACAACUGUAGACACUAGACUGGCACCCGCCACUAAUGCAUAUCCCUCUGGGAUUAGCCCUCCACUCUCAGGAGCCUCUCAGCAGCUCGUCAUGUCGCUCAACGACGAAUUCAGGGCCAGCAAGGUGAUGAAGGUGCAGAAGGAGGCGGCCGACGCCUCCCAACAGGAGAUCCUCGCCGCUCUUCAGGCCACCGGCUGGGAUGCUAGCCAGGCUGCUAGGCAGAUCAUCAAGGACAGGCAGGCGAAGAUCGACUCUCUCGUCAGGUUGGGACUGGCUGAUAGGAUCCAGUGCGAGAGGACCCUCGAGCAGACCGAGUACGACGUGGACAUGGCAGCCUCUCUACUCCUGGACCGCGUUAGAUGAGGACGACGAGCCCCAGGCUUUGUCGACGAUGCUGAGGAGUCGCCUUAGCUUACUCGUAGACCUUAAGGUUCGACAUCCAGCCCAAUGUUUCCCUUGGAGAUCGCGCUCCGGCCAUCGCAGGGUAAUGACGACGUCGAUUAACCAAAAAUUGUGGAGAUCUUUGGGACCGCCCGGAGGACUUUCGUCCCUCGUCUUUCUCAUUUAAUUUUUAAUUCAUUUUUUUUUUGUUCGCUCGUUUUCUUAAUCGUUAGAAUAGUAGCUACUUAUUUAUCGGCCACCUGAACUGCGGCGAAAGAACGAAUCGCGGGUGAUGCCCGAUGAUGGUCAGUGAUACCGUGGAUCUUUUGGACUACCCGGAGCCCAAGAAGAGGCACGCGAACCCAGGUCGACCUUGGUUGAUUGAUACAAGCUUCGCUCGUCGGACACUGGCGAGUGGGACGUUUAUUCUUAUCCCGAUAUCUAGUGUAUUAUUGUAUUUUUUUUUUGGCCCAGAGUUGUUGGGAGGAUAGCGAAGAACAAACGCGUGACGAACAAAUUUUAGAAGUAGCUUCAAAACGUAGUCAUUAAGUAGCUCGAGUUUUUGGGAGGAGCGCCGAGGCCGGAACGAGGAGUUCCUCUCCAGGGUCGAAGAGGGGAAGAAACGCUCUCCAGGAACGGAUCGCUCGUCGGUCGACCCUUCGGAGGAUUUUUCAACCUCGGAUGGCCUCGGCGCGGCGGAUAAAAUAUUUUCAAAUCCGAUACUGUGAUAUACGCUGCUAAAGGCCCGGGGCAUCGUUGCCGAAGAAAGGUGUAAUCUUCUUCUUCUCCCUUCUCUCUUGCGCAGGAAAAUCUUAGGAUAAUGUUGCGAUCGUGUACAUAAAGUUAGGGCAAUUAUUUUCCGUCGUAACCAGACGUAACGAAUACUCCGAUGCAUAACGCCGCAUAAUAAGGAACUUGUUCCUCGUUCUCUCUCUCUAUUUUUUUUUUUUUCUUUUUUCUCCAUGUCGUCCUUUCCGAUCCAAGCGCGACGACUUUUUCUCGGUCUUGUACGGCAGUCGAGAUUUUUAUUCAGGACGUCGUACGCUCGCGUCUAGGCGCUGCACAAUGUUCACGAAGGUACCUAAACUUGGAUUAAACCGAGCCUCCGAUAACUUUCGGUUUUGUCUUAACGAUCGCCCGUCUUUAGCAAGAAUUAUUCCACGCGAGUGUCGCGUCGUUUAGUGUCGUAAAUCGUGUAUUGAUGAUGUCCUCUCUUUCUCCCUCGCCGUUUGCGAGAAGAGAGUUGAAAAACAUUGUUGAAUGUUAACGAGUAAACGCUGUAUAGAGUAAGCAAAAAUACAAGAGCGUUCCGAAUCAA